AUGUUCAGGUCUGGCAAGACCGCAACGAUAAACACAGUCCUGGGAGUCGGAGCGUAUCAUCAGGGGGAAGGAGCAACACACUCCGUCAAGAGAGAGGGCGUGGUUGUGGGCAGGAAGGUGACUUUGAUUGACACUCCUGGAUGGUGGAGGUUUUUUUCUGCCACCCAAACCACAGAGUACAUCAAACGUGAGCUUGUGCUGAGCACCUCCCUCUGUCCACCCGGACCCCACGCCUUCCUCCUGGUGGUCAACCUCGACAAUCAGUUCACUGAAAAUGAACAGUCUUCAGCGGUGGAACACUGUGAGCUCCUGGGUGCAAACAUCUGGGAGCAUACCAUUGUCUUGUUCACCAAGGAGGAUUUAUUGACAGACAAAACUAUUGAGGAGCGUAUCAGGAACAAGGAUGAAACCCUUGAGUGGUUGGUGAGAACGUGUGGAUACAGAUAUCAGGUAUUCGACAACAAAACCAAAUGUGAUGAUCAAUCUCAAGUCAAAACACUUUUGGAUAAGAUCGAUGAACUGAUAGCCAGUAACCAUCACCGUCCCUUUGAGGUUGACCACAUCAAACUGAAACAUAUUGAAGAGGCAAAGAAGGCUGAUAAGGAACAAGGACUGAUAUACAAGCAGAGAGUUACACAACAAAGAAGGAAAAUCAAGACACAUGGUAACUCAUAA